GACCAAUGGGGCUGUGGCCGGCCACAGCGCGGGAGAUUUGAAUCGCGGCUGCUUGGGCGAGAGUGUCGAUCCGGCAGAGGUGGUGGGGUUGUGGCACGCCGCCUGCGGCCAUGGGCGCCUCCGAAAGCUGCCCCGCUACUCCCGUCUCCGGGCCCCUCCUCAACAAGCACCUGGCACAUGUCAGCGACCCCCGCUCCCCCAGCGCCGGUAUUCUGCGGACCCCCAUUGAGUACCUGCCGUCUCUGCAGGUGGUGAGCUCCCCUGGGGGCAGCCCUAUGCCCGGCCCCGUGGAGCUGGCAGUGGAGACCAGCUGGGACCGGGACCCUCGCUCGCCAACGCCGGGCAUUUCCCGCACGCCUAUGAAGGCCGUGCUGAAUGACAGCGUGGACUGCCUGGUGAAGCAGCUCAGCGGAGCUGAAGCUGUGCCUCCUGAGCCAGCGCUAUUGGGAGUGGCCUGCUGCCCCGAGGAGGUGGCUGUGGAGGAGCCUGCCCUGCACAGCCCCCCAGCUGAGGCUGGCUGGGAGGUGACUGCUGUGGCAGGGGAAGAGAGAGAGCGACCAUCUUUUCCCAGUGCUAGUGGUGAGGCUCCUGUGAGGCUGGCUUGUCUUGCUGGGCCCCCUUUCUCUGUGGGGAGCAAGCCCAUAAGACGCAAGACCAGCAACAAAAUCAUGGCAACAUCUGGUGGAACUGGACGUUCUCCCCUCAGCAUCCUACAGGAUGAUAAUUCCCCCAGUGCUCUUGUGCCUCGCCAGGGUAAGAGGCAUGCACUGGGGGAGAACCUUGGGGAGAGGAAGGAAGUGACAGUGGAUCUGAGCAGGAGCCUUAAAUCUGGGAGCUGUACCUGGAGCGACUUGAACAAAGAGAAUCAGCAGUGUCCUUUUGUGGAGAACUAGAUCUCCUUUCCCUGGAGCUUGCUACAACUCUCUUCUACAUUUUGAGUCUUCUAGGUGUGAGAAAUCCUGCAAUAGACUGAAACUCCAGACUUAUGGUCACUUUUCUCAUCUCUCCCUGUUGUGGAGGAGGUACAUUUUUCUCUCCUAGCAUUGCAUGUCUUGUGCUGGCUUUGGCUCUUCUACUUAAAUCAGCUGUAUUGACUCGCUAUAUGGUUGUUAUCUGUGUGUUUUGGUAUUUAAAAAAAAAAAAAAAUCCACACACCUUUGUCCUGAUAGGACAGUAGGAGUACCCUC